CAGACACACAGCAGAGAGGAGAGGAGAGAGAGAGAAGGAGCAAACAAGACACUAUCAUGACGCCGUGGCUCCAGGCUGGAAAACAGAAACAGUCACACUGACAGGGGGCUGCGUCUGAGGAGGACAUGACAUUCGUGUGACCUACAUUACUGCUCCUAGAAGAUCUUUAUUGCUACCUUCUCCUCUGUUGGUCCUACCUGCUGCACAACCGUCCUUCCCCCAACUCCGGAUUGAACCAUCUGCUCCUGGGCACAGGGGAUGUAGGCUGCUCUCAGUUUGGAUACUCUGAGAAUUACAUCAACAUCAAAGUCCAUUGCGUUUCCCUACAUCAGACCUGAAGAGGACGGAUUUUGUUGUUUUAAGGGACAUAUGCUGCUCUGGGAAUAAGAAACAUAUCGAUGACGAAAGGCAUUUUAAAUGGGAACAUUGGGAGUUCUGGAUGUCUUGCCCCUUAUUAAAUCAUUCAGAAGUCAGUAGUGGAUUGUACACUAAAAUAACAGAAAAACAAAUCUAAAUCUGAUCUUCAGCACUCUUUCCUGGGUGUUGUGUGGAAAAGUCUUGCAGGAAGGGGUUACAACCCUCUAAUUGUGAUUGCAAGAUCCAGAAAAGGGUGUGUCUGAAUGUCUUGGCCCUCCGUAUGUCUACAGAAAUGCAUCCAAUUUUCACAACAAAAGCCAUGCCUUGCCUAAAAUCCAUCAGUUUCAAAUACUCUUAAGAAGUUAAUGUGAAUGAUUUUCACCGUCCUCUCUGAUGCAUAAUGGAAUGAAUUGUGAGACAAAGAGAUAAAAAAAACCUUGUAUCUGAACAAGCCCCCUCUCCUGGCUACACUGUGGCAUAAGGGGUGUGUUUGGAGGUUCACCCCCAGCUGGCUGGCGCUCGCAGAUGGAGGCCCACCAACACUCCCCAGAUAGCAGCAGCGAGGAGUGCACCGUCCUGGAGGCUCCACCCGGCAAAAAUGCCUGCCCACAACAUUCAGGGAAGGUGGCAGACCACUACUGUUCAGCAUGCGAGUGUGCGCUGUGUGAGGACUGUGUAGGGGACCAUGUAGAGCACCCUAAAGUACCCCUCAGCCAGGCCCUGGAGCAGCACCGGAGCAGCCUGCAGGAGAGCCUGGGGACUAUCCAGAGCAGGCUGCCUCAGAUUUCAGACGCCCUCUCCUUCAUUAAAGAGAUUCUUCAGCAGCUGACAAAUCAGAGAGCUUCCAUCGAAGAGGACAUCCAGUCCAGCUUUGAGGAUCUGCACAAGCAGCUGGAUGUCCGGAAGAGUGUUUUGCUGAUGGAGCUGGAGGUCACAUAUGGUCUCAAACAGAAGGUCCUCCAGGCCCAGGUUGAUAGCCUUGUCCGGGGGGAAGGUGACAUCAUGGCCUCUAGUACUCAGACGGAAGAGGCUCUGGCUGGGGAGGCAUGUGUGGCAAGCCAUCAGGUGGAACGGGAACUGCAAGAGAAUCUUCAGGAGCUUGCCGGUCUCGGGCUACCAUGUCAGCCAGAGGAGAACGAUCAGCUGGAUCUGAUAAUGGAGACUGACGGGUUAAGGAAGUCUAUACACAACUUAGGGACCAUCGUUACAACCAGUGCCGUGGCAAGCCAGAGUGAAGCCAUGGGUGCAGGCCUGGAGCAGUGCAUUGUGGGACAUCCUUCCUCUGUUACCAUAGUGACAAGAGACAAGUCAGGUGGAGCCUGUAAGAGUGGCAAUGCAAUCCUGUCAGCGGAGGUGUUCACCCCUGAUGGAAGCAUAGUGGACGGUGAAAUAGUGGACCACAAGAAUGGAACCUAUGAGUUUGUGUACAUAGUACCAAAGGAGGGUAACUUCUCAUUGGCUCUUCGUCUGUAUGACCAGCACAUCAAAGGAAGCCCUUUCAAACUGACAGUCAGUGGCGCAUUUGAGGCUGAAGUCGAGGUGUCCCCCUCCACCACCACUGCAACAAACUCAGCUGCUUACGCAACCCCAUCCACGGGCUCCUCUGAGGGGGCAAAACGACGAGGAAAGUCCCCUGGCCAGAAGAAGAAAGGUUCCAAGAGGGCCAGCAGCGCCCUGGGCACCCCACGACGCAAAACCCAGAACCCCAUUGAGGACGACCUGAUCUUCAGGAUUGGAACAAAGGGGAGGAACAAAGGAGAGUUCACUAAUCUUCAAGGAGUGGCUGCCUCUUCCACUGGCAGGAUCCUGAUUGCUGACAGCAACAAUCAGUGUGUUCAGAUUUUUGCAAAUGAGGGGGAAUUCAAGAGCCGUUUUGGGGUGAGGGGACGAUCACCGGGGCAACUACAGCGUCCUACAGGGGUAGCUGUGCACCCCAGUGGUGACAUCAUCAUUGCUGACUAUGACAACAAAUGGGUCAGCAUCUUCUCCUGUGAAGGAAAGUUCAAGGCAAAGCUUGGCUCUGGGAGACUCAUGGGGCCAAAGGGUGUGACCAUAGACCUGAAUGGAAAUGUGAUAGUUGUUGACAACAAGGCAUGCACUGUCUUCAUCUUCCAGCUGACUGGCAAGCUCAUCACCAAGUUUGGAAGUCGAGGCAAUGGUGACAAACAAUUUGCAGGUCCACAUUUUGCAGCAGUAAACAAGAACAAUGAGAUCAUUGUGACUGACUUCCAUAACCACUCUGUCAAGGUCUUCACCCCAGAGGGAGAACUGGUGUUGAAAUUUGGAUCUAACGGUGAGGGAAACGGCCAAUUCAACGCUCCCACUGGUGUAGCUGUGGACAAUAAUGGGAACAUCAUUGUAGCUGACUGGGGCAACAGCAGAAUACAGGUGUUUGAUGGCAGUGGCUCCUUUCUGUCCUACAUCAACACGUCAGCGGACCCUCUUUAUGGACCCCAAGGUCUGGCUCUGACCUCAGAUGGACAUGUGGUAGUGGCUGACUCUGGUAACCACUGCUUCAAAGUCUACCGCUACCUACAAUGAUGGAGGCUGGGAUGGAGGUGUAAAGCCAAUGGAGGAGAGACGGACAGGGGAAGCAGUUGAUGGAGUGGAGCGAUAAGGUGCAUGACGUCCAAUUCUAAGAAUUGUUGCAUGAAACUCUACUGCUGUGUGUAACAAUGUAAAGGAGGAUCGGGUAGAAAAUAAACGAUAACAAAGAAGGACCAGUCAUAAUUACAUCACUAUACCAAAAUGGAGAGAAAAAUCAGGUUGACAUCAUGAUGGUUCUGAAACAAUCAAACUGGGAUACUGGAUGAUAGAGACUGGGCUCUGAAGCACACUUACCUUAAAAUCUGAAUGGAGGAGCUGUUCAGGGAAAACUGCAAGUUGAUGGUCUAUCGUUAGAACGCUUAAUGCUGCCCUCAUGCAAAUUCAUCAAUUAUUACUGAAAAGGAUGAAAGGCUGAUGCAAUGCUGG